CUUUUCGCGUAGUGUUUGGAGCGUCUUGCGUCCGACCUGGGGAGCGCUGGGAGCCGAAGGGGCGUCUGAGGCCGAUGGAAACCGGCUUGGAGUGAGGGCUGCGGCGAGUCUGCGUUUUGCUUGUGAGAGGGACGCUGAAUGUUACGUGCGUUUCCCUUGGGUGGUGCGACGGUCUUACCGAGCGUCUUCAGCGUGGCGGUUUGCGAUGCUGAGGAUCCACGGAAGAGUCGUCACUACCUUUGUGUCUACAGAGACCCGGUAGACGAGAUGAGUGUUGUGCGAGAGAAGGGCUCAGUGCGCAGCGAAUAACGGUCCAGAGCAGAGAGAUUGGCUGCAAAGUGCUGAGCGAGAACACGAGACGGAAAGGAUGCUGCAGGCGGAAGUUUGCAAACUUGGCAUUUCAGCAAUCUAAAGACAACAUCACACCUAUGUAAGGACACAAGAAAGGUCAGGGAAACAUCAGCAAAUAGAAGUGUGAAGCCUGGUAAGCAAGAUGAGCGUUUCAGGAAGCAGCUGUGGAAGCCCUAAUUCUGCAGAUGUAUCCAAUGACUUCAAGGAACUGUGGACAAAGCUAAAAGAAUAUCAUGAUAAGGAAGUACAAGGUUUACAAAUCAAAGUAACCAAACUGAAAAAGGAACGAAUUUUAGAUGCACAGAGACUAGAAGAAUUCUUUACCAAAAAUCAACAGCUGAGAGAUCAGCAGAAAGUCCUUCAGGAAACCAUUAAAAUUUUAGAAGAUAGGUUAAGAGCAGGACUGUGUGAUCGCUGUGCAGUGACUGAAGAGCACAUGCACAAAAAGCAGCAAGAGUUUGAAAACAUCCGACAGCAGAAUCUCAAGCUCAUCACAGAGCUGAUGAAUGAAAAGAAUACUCUUCAGGAGGAAAACAAAAAGCUUUCUGAGCAGCUGCAGCAGAAAAUGGAGAAUGGUCAACAGGAUCAAGUAGCUGAGCUUGAAUGUGAGGAAAACAUUAUUCCAGACUCACCAGUAACAUCCUUUUCCUUUUCUGGCAUUAACCGGCUACGAAGAAAGGAGAAUCUCCAUGUCCGAUACGUAGAACAAACACACACUAAAUUGGAGCGCUCUGUGUGUGCAAGUGAAUUAAGAAACAUUUCUAAGGGUUCAGCUCCUAUACCAGUUAACUCUGAGGAACAUGAAAUUUUAGUAGCUGACACUUGUGAUCAAAAUCACUCACCACUGUCUGAAAUAUGUGGAACAAGCAGUUACCCAACUGAUAAAUCACCUUUUAAUUUAGAUACUGUUGUUGCUGAGACACUUGGAUUUAAUGGUCAAGAAGAAUCUGAACCCCAAGGUCCUACGAGCCCUCUUGGAAAUGAGCUCUACCACUGUCUCAAAGAAGAUCACAAAAAACAGCCUUUUAUGGAAUCUGCAAGAAGUAACGAAGAUAGAUUAAGAUUUUCAGAUUCUGCUUCAAAGACACCUCCCCAAGAAUUUACUACUCGGGGGUCAUCUCCAGUAUUUGGAGCUACCUCUACUGUGAAAACUCAUUUGGGUUUGAAUACAAGUUUCUCCCCCUCUCUCUUAGACAUUGGGAAAAAAAACCUUCUGAAGACAGCUCCCUUUAGCAACAUUGCUGUUUCUAGAUCAGAGAAAGUUAGAUCCAAAUCUGAGGAUAAUGCCCUUUUCACACAACAUGGUCUUGGGUCUGAAGUAAAGGUCAUUAGCCAGUCAUUUUCUAAUAAGCAAAUACUUACAAAUAAAAAUGUCAGUGACUGUGUUGGUGAGCAGGGUAGUAGUGCUGAUCACAUGAACGAUGCUGUGACUGAUAGAUCUGUGGUGCCUUUGAAAUCACUGGGAGGCAAAGCAUCCAAAAGGAAGAGGACUGAGGAAGAAAGUGAGCAUGAAACAAACUGCCCCCAGACCUGCUUUGAUAAGGAGAAUGCCCUUCCUUUCCCGAUGGAGAAUCAGUUCUCCAUGAAUGGAGACCAUGGAAUAGAUAAGCCUCUGGACUUGUCAGAUCGGUUUGCAGCUACUCAGCGUCAAGACAAGAACCACGGAAACGAAACUUCUAAAAACAAACUUAAGCAAGCAACUAUUUAUGAGGCCCUGAAGCCCAUUCCAAAGGGCUCCUCCUCAGGCCGUAAAGCCUUGAGUGGGGCCUGCAUGCCAGCCAAAGACUCUUCAGAGGCGCACUGUUUACAGCAGCGUAUCCUCCAGUCCUCUAGUAAAUUCUCUCCAGACCAUAAAACACCAUUACAGAUAAAAGAAGAAAAUCCUGUCUUCAAAACACCUCCAUGUUCACAAGAAAGUUUGGAGACAGAGAAUCUUUUUGGUGAUGUGAAGGGUACUGGUUCUCUUGUGCCAAUAAAAGUAAAAAACAGAUCAGUCCAUGGAGGAUGUGAGCUCGCAUCAGUUCUUCAGUUAAAUCCCUGUAGAGUUGCUAAAACAAAGUCUCGGCCAAGCAACCAAGAUAUGUCCUUUGAAAAUAUCCAGUGGAGUAUAGAUCCAGGAGCUGACCUUUCUCAGUAUAAAAUGGAUGUUACUGUAAUAGAUACAAAGGAUAGCAGUCACUCACGAUUAGGAGGAGAAACAGUGGACAUGGACUGUACAUUGGUCAGUGAAACCAUGCUUUUAAAAAUGAAGAAACAAGAGCAAAAAGAAAAAAGUUCAACCAGAAGCUGCAAAGAACCCAGAUGUCCUUCAACAAAGGAAUGGAUACAGAAACUGUGGUGUAUAUACACAAUGGAGUACUAUUCAGCUAUUAAAAACAAUGAAUUCAUGAAAUUCUUAGGCAAAUGGAUGGAACUAGAAAAUGUCAUCCAGAGCGAGGUAACCCAAUCACAAAAGAACACACAUGAUGGAGACAUAAAAAUGAACGAUAGCUUGGAAGAUAUGUUUGAUCUGACAACACAUGAAGAAUAUGAAUCCUGUUUGGCAGAUAGCUUCCCCCAGGUACCAGAUGAGGAAGAACUGUCUGACACCACAAAGAAACCAAACAUGCACAGUGAUAAACAAGAUGGGGUCAAACAGAAAGCAUUUGUGGAGCCAUAUUUUAAAGAUAAGGAGAGAGAAACUAGCAUACAGAAUUUUCCUCAUAUUGAGGUAGUUCGAAAAAAAGAAGAGAGAAGGAAAUUGCUUGGGCACACAUGUAAAGAAUGUGAAAUUUAUUAUGCAGAUUUGCCAGCAGAAGAAAGAGAAAAGAAGUUGGCUUCCUGCUCAAGACACCGAUUUCGCUACAUUCCACCCAGCACACCAGAGAAUUUCUGGGAAGUUGGUUUUCCUUCUACUCAGACAUGUGUGGAAAGAGGUUAUAUCAAGGAAGAUCUCGAUCUUAGUCCUCGUCCCAAAAGACGGCAGCCUUACAACGCAGUAUUUUCUCCAAAAGGCAAAGAACAGAGGACCUAGAUGCAGGAGUGAGAGCCGGAGAGCAGGCCUUUUUGUGUUUCAUUUAGUUAUUUAUAGUUAAAGUUGGAAUAAACAUUGAUCUUUGAUUUUUUUGAUCUUCUAUAAAAUGAUAUAUAAAUGAGUUUUUUAUUAAAAAUGUUAUAAAUGGCAUAUACCAACCAUACAGAUAACUAAAA